UUGUAACAAUGUUUCUGGCCUUGCUUAUUAUCUACGUAUUUAUACCAAGUAUUCAUCCUGCUAGUACAGUUAUAGAUGAAGCUAGUAGCAGUGGAACGUACUAUGUUAGAACAGAGGACACAAACUCUUCCUGCCCUGUUACUAACGAUGCCACUCAUUGUCAAACACUUGGCUACUACGCUGAAAACAAAAGCUUUGAGAAUAAUCGCACCUUUGUCUUUCUAAGUGGAACACACACGCUAACUCAAGAAGUGAUUGUUGAAGGAAAAGAAAGACUAUCAUUAUUGGGUACUCAGAAGGUCUGCCGGAUAAUUUGUACCGAUUCUUCCGCUGGCUUUGCAUUUUUUGACACUGUUCAUUUGCAAAUCAGCAACCUAGAAUUCCACAAAUGCAGAAUACAAAAGCAAGGGAACAAUGGAGUAGCCGCUGCUUUGAUUAUCAAGAACUCCUUCAACACUUUCCUCGAUGGAUUAGUAGUAACGAACACCAGUGGGGGGAGUGGACUAAGAACAUUCAACACUCGAGGCAUCCUCUCUAUAACAAACUCACUAUUUGCUUACAAUAUGUACGACUCGCACUGGGAGGGUGGAAACGUGAAGAUUUUCUUUAGCGCGUGUGAUGAUUCCACUGAGCCGAUGUAUGUGCUCAUAAAAAACACACAAUUUCUCUACGGCUCAGAAUAUUAUAGAGUAAUCGAAACCAUAGGUGGGGGUGGGUUGACGAUAGUUUUCAGUUGCUACAAUGUUAAAGUGCACAUCGAGGACAGUGUACUAAAUUACAACUUAGGUUAUUUUGGGGCUAAUUUAGAUCUUAUCUUUACACUGUUCACAAACAAUUCUGUGACGAUGAACAAUGUUACGAGUUGCUACGGGUAUUCAGAAAGCUCACGAGGUGCUGGACUAUUCAUCAAUAUACUGGAAAACAUAGGUUAUAUGGAUGAGUUCUCCUGUGAUAGACAAAAACACAUUGCCGAGGAAAAUAUUCUCCUCAACUUUACACGCCUUCUUAUCCAUGGAAACAAUGGCUCUGGCUUUAACAUGGAGGAUCGUAGUUAUCCUAAUACAGACUGUGUGGCUCAAUAUGCCUUCAUCAAAGAUUCUGUUUUUUCUGGGAAUACUGGUCCUAUGUGGUGGGGGGGCACAGCAGUUCGUUUUGCAUUCAUUCCAACUUCUCACAUCCUCGCUCCAUUCAGUUUGAUAUUUACAACAUUCAAGAAUUGCAGUUUCCAUGGCCAUCAUACAACAGGGCAACGAUUCUACGAUGUUUCUGUUCUCUACUUUGAGUUAGUCAAGAAAGUGACAAUCGAGGACUGCUCCAUAGGUAAUAAUAGCAUGACAGGUAUACAGGCAUACACGAGUAAUAUCCACUUUAAAGGAAGCACCAUUAUUUUUGAAAAUACUAACUCGUAUGGUGCAGGCUUACUCCUGUUGCAAAAUUCAUUCAUGUUUUUGAGUGAAGGUACACAUAUUGAUUUCUACAACAAUCAUGCAUUGACAGUUGGAGGAGCUCUAUUUACUGAUUUUGAUUUUCAAACACCAACAGAAUGCCCUUGUUUUUAUCAACUGGAUAUUUCUGGAGACCAUGAUAAUGACGGUGUUGUUAACUCUAUAAAGGUAUACUUUCACAACAAUACAGCUGGAUUUGCAGGCUCAGCAAUCUUUGGUGGUGUAGUGAGUGGCUGCCUACCGUACAGACACAGCUCUGUGGGAUUCUUCGAGAGUGUUUUCCAGAUCCAUAACACGGUGGAUGAUCCAUCAGCCAUCACUUCAGAUCCAUAUUUUGUCUGUUUCUGUUUUAGAGAGAGUCAACUUCCCAACUGUUCCGUACUUACUUACAAUGUCAGUGUGUUUCCUGGUGACAAUUUCCAGAUCCUAGCUGCCACUGUCGGUAGUAGUGAAUCAGGAACAAUUCCCGGGGUCGUACAUUCUCGUUUCAUCACUAACUAUCCAAAUACCACUUUCGGUUCACUCCAAGGAGCUCAGAACAGUGGAGGAAAAUCUUGCACAAAUCUGAACUUCACCAUUUAUUCCUUAGAAAAAAAGAUUAGUUUUAGUGUUCUAACUGACAAGUUAGCAUUUUUCUCAAGAAGAGUUUUCCAAUCACACAUUGUUAAUGUCUGGCUCCUUGCUUGUCCUCCAGGAUUUGAGCUGCACCACUCCGGGGGCCGACCAGAAUGUAACUGUGAAAAACAACUUCAAGUUGACAAAAGUAUUCGGUGUUUAAUAACCAGUCAAGUGAUCGUGCCUCCUGUAGGUUCGUGGGUUGGCUACUACAAAAGCUCCAGUAUGAGCGGUGCAAUUUUCCAUCGCUACUGCCCCUAUUACUACUGUCAUUCUGAACAAACGUACAUUUCUCUCAAUAAUACUAACAUGCAAUGCUCUUCGAACAGAUCUGGGAUAUUAUGCGGUGAGUGUCAAGAAGGCCUCAGUCUUAUGCUCGGCAGAAACCAGUGUGCAAAGUGCUCAUACGUCAGCUUGUUGUUUAUCGUAGUGUUUGCAUUUAUGGGAGUUGUUCUAGUUGUGUUCUUGUUUGCAUUGAGACUUACAGUGUCUGAAGGAACCAUCAACGGUUUGAUAUUCUACGUGAAUGUUUUGAAGAUGAAUCAAUCGCUUCUCCUUCCCGGGAACAAGGUGAACUUUCUGAGUGUGUUUAUUGCAUGGAUGAAUUUGGAUUUGGGAAUCGAUUUGUGUUUCUACGAUGGAAUGGACUCGAUUUCUAAGACAUUCUUACAGUUUGCAUUCCCUGCCUACAUUUGGCUACUCGUUAUUUUGGUGAUAUUGAUGGCAAAUAGGUACAGAUUUAUUGCUAAUAUAGUUGGUCAGAGAGCAGUGCAAGUGCUGUCCACCUUGUUGCUACUCUCGUACACAAAGCUUCAAAGAGUGAUUGUUACAAUCAUUACCUAUACUACUCUGGUAUAUCCCGAUAGCUCUGUACAAACAGUUUGGUUGUUUGAUGGGAACAUACGCUACCUACAGGGAAAGCACAUUUCUCUGCUUACAGCUGGGAUAGUUUGCUUUCUAUUGUUUAUCUUUCCAUAUACAGUUCUUCUAACAUGCUUCAAAUACAUACAGGCACACUCGGACAAGAAGCUGCUGUCUUGGAUAAACAGACUAAAACCUGUCAUUGAUGCAUAUGCAGGCCCUUAUAAAGACAACCUUCGAUUCUGGACUGGAUUUUUGCUUCUUUCUCGAACAGUACUUCUUUUUGCUCUCACUCUAAACCAGACGGCUUCACCAGACUACAACCUGUAUGCAGCUGUACUAGUAGCUAUCAUCUUGCUUAUGAUAGUGAGCUCAGUUGGUGGUAUUUACAAAUAUUGGCUAUACAACCUUCUCGAGUCUUCCUCCUACUUCAACACAGCUGCAGUGGCUUUAUCCCUGCUCUAUAGCAAGCACAAUCAGUACGCUAUUCUGAAUGCUUCAAUGGGGGUUUCAUUUUCGAUUUUCCUGGUAGUUGUUCUCAUUCAUUUAUUUAAGUACACCCCACUAAAAGGGUUCUUGAAUUGUAUUCGGAACAGACGUAACAAUGAGAGAGUGAAUUAUAAUGAACAAAAUGAAGAAGACCUACUGUUUGAGAGACAUGAGGAUGAUGGUGCUAUAUAGCUAGCCUAGUACUGGAAGACACUGUGGCUUCAAUAUAAACACUGGUAGCUACGUAUGUAGUAAAGUACAUACAGAUAUUACUGUUUUGAGGUAUAGAUUCAGAGUAUAUUUUUAACAAAGUUCGAUCAGUACAUUUUAGUUACAGACAGAAACACUUGAGAACACAUUUGUAUCAUGUAACAACUUAACCUUGUCCACAGGCACAUUUUUUCUUAGAACUGAACUGAAAAUACUA